AUGGCAACAGGAGUUGGACGCACUAAGGAUAACAUGAAGAAAUGGGGACUACUUGGAGUAACAUCUACAACUUGUGAAUGUGGGAUAGAACAGUCAAUGAAACAUAAUAAUAUUAUGCAAUGCCCAAUCUGUCCUUACUCAUGCACACAAGAUGACGUUAUAAAUGCAAAUGAUAACGCCAAAGACGUAGCUAGUUUUUGGGCUGAAACCAUAUGA